UUUGUUCCACAUUCUUUUUCUUCCACUCAAAACGCUGUGGAUGUGAUAUACUUUCCUACACUGGUGCUCUAAUCUCUCACUCACUCCCUUCCUUAGCAAGCAAACAAAAACAUCCUUUUUUUUUUCCUUGGUUUUCUUUUCCACUGAAUCGAGUUCUCUUUUGGAAACGUAGAAUUUUCCUCGUACACACAUAAUUCAGAAAUGGAUAUGGCUUCCUCAGAGACUUCCAAUUGGCUUUUUGACUAUGGAAUAAUGGAAGAUAUUGCACCUCCCGAAAGUGAAUUUUCGGGUCCGGCCACCGGUUUCGGUUGGCCAUCUCAACCCAUUAACUGUUCCCCUGAUGCAAGUGUGGAAGUUGACUACUCUUCCGGUGAUUCAGAUAGAGUUAGGGAAAUUCGCUCCAGAAAACGGCAGAGGUCUAAAUCAUGUAGUGCAUCAUGCACUAAAGCAUGCAGGGAGAAAUUACGAAGGGAUAGGCUAAACGGGAGGUUCUUGGAAUUGGUUUCUGUCCUGGAUCUCGGAAGUCUACCCAAAAUGGAUAAGGGUGCUAUAUUAAGUGAUACUGUUCGAAUAUUGACCCAGUUACGAAGUGAGUCACAGAGGAUGAAAGAAUCAAUUGAGGAUUUGCAGGCAAAGAUUAAAGAAUUGAAGGCUGAGAAGAAUGAGCUUCGUGAUGAGAAGCAGAGGCUAAAGGCAGAGAAAGAGAGAUUGGAGCACCAAGUAAGAGCCAUGAGCAGGCAACCAGGUUUCUUGCCUCAUCCCCCUGCAGUGUCAUCUGCACUUAAUAUGCAAGGUCCAGCCUCAGGGAGCAAGCUGAUGCCUUUCAUCAGCUACCCUUGUGUCACCAUGUGGCAAAUGAUGCCCCCUUCUACAGUCGACACAUCACAAGAUCAUGUACUCCGCCCUCCGGUGGCCUAAAACGUGCCACACUCCAACUAAGCAAAUAAAAAGGAAUGUAUGACAUUAAUCCAUGUCUGGUCCAUGUUAACUGUGGCUUGAAAGGGUGGUGGAAUUAGUCUAUAUCUAUCUGUCAUUGUUUUUAACUAAGUUUUUUUUGGGUUUCUAUAGUUGAGAGAAAACUAAAAUAUCUGCUGAUCCCAUAUACCAUACAAAAGGAAAAUGCUUUAUAGUUAACAAGCCUGUUGUGUAAAGGUAGGUACAUGUAUUGUGUGGAAUAUUUUUACUAAUAAUAUAUUUGUUAGAUGUACA